AUGUCGACCAUCAAUUACGAUAAUAAUAAUAAUAAUCAAAUCCCAUUACAAGAUCCCAAUGCACCACCACGUUUACCAACAGAUACACCUCGUCGUGGUGGUGUUUUAGGGCGCAAUGAUUAUAACAAUAUAGGGCGCAAUGAUUAUAAUAAUAUAGGGUGCAAUAAUUAUAAUAAUAUAGGGCGCAAUGAUUAUAAUGAUUAUAUAAGACCCAAUGAUUAUAUAAGACCCAAUGAUUAUAUAGGGCCCAAUGAUUAUGUAGGGCGAAAUGAUAACUUAGGGCCCAAUAAUUGUAUAGGGCCCAAUGAUUAUGUAGGGCGUAAUAAUAACUUAGGGCCCAAUGAUUAUAUAAGGCGCAAUGAUAAUAUAGGACGCAAUGAUUACAUAGGGCGCAAUGGUUAUAUAGGACCCAUUAAUAAUAGAGGGCCCAUUGACAAUAUAGGGCGUAAUGUUUAUGUAGGACCCAAUGACUAUAUACGGCGCAAUGAUUAUAUAAGGGGCAAUGAUUAUGUUGGGCG